AUGCUGCUUGAUGUUGAUUUUAAUAAAGACGGAUUUCUUUCUUCUAUUGAAUUUAAUGAAAUUCGUCCUUUGGUAUUGGCUAAGGCGGAAAAUGCUGCAUUGCGUUAUUUACAAAAUGUUGAUUCUGACCACAAUGGAUUGCUUAGUUUACACGAAGCAAAAGCAUAUAUUCUUCGAGAAUAUGGAAUUAGUAAUAGAGAUGUUGAACGUAUUUGGCGUUUAGUGGUACCUAGUAGUGGGGAUGAAAUGGAUGCUGUUUUGUUUAGUAAAUUGAGAAGGAGAGUUCGAGGAAUGAGUAUUCGGUUAGCUAGACAAAUUAUGAAAACUGCUGAUAGGGACCAGGAUGGACAUAUUGACAUGAGAGAAGCUGCUAUGAUAGCAUUUGAACAAGAAGGUAUUGGAGCAGGGGAAGUUGUUGAAAUGCUUGCUAGUGUGGAUGAUAAUAAUGAUGGGCAAUUAAAUGCACCAGAAUUUGCUGAUUUUGAGAGAAUUGUUCGAGCCAAAGCUGUCGAAACAUCAAAAAAAGCUUUAAAAGUAGUGGACACAGAUGGAAGUGGAACUUUAACAAUGGAUGAAGCUAAGAAAAUAGCUUUUGAUCAUUAUGGCUUUGAUGAGGCUACUUUAGAACCUUUUUUUGCCCAAGCAGACGAAAAUGAAGAUGGUCAAUUAGAUGCUGUUGAAUUUGCUGGUUUUCGUUCGGUAAUUAGAGGCAGAGCAGUCAAAAAUGCAUUAAUGUUGCUUCCGGAGAUGGAUGAGGAUGGGGACGGGAGUAUAAACGAAGGAGAAGCCGAGCAGCGAGCUCGUCGGGAAGACGAUAUGAGCGGUGCAGAAACACACAGUCUUUUUGCUGUCGCCGACCAAGACAGAAAUGGAUUACUUGACAAAGUUGAAUUAGCCGAUUUUGUUCGUCUUGUUAGACUAACAUCUAUUAAAUUUGUUUCUGACCAUUUUCGAGAUUAUGACACUAAUAGAGAUAAACAAAUAACUUUGGAUGAAUUGGAACGUUUAGUUAAAGAUCGUUAUAAAUUGGAACCGACGCUUAUAAGACGCUUUUUUGAUAAAGUGGAUGUUGACAGAAGUGGGGAUUUAAAUCCGGGGGAAAUUGUUGAUUUUAGACAUGAAGUGAGAAGAUUUGCACAAGACAGGGGUAAAAAUAAGAAAAAAUUUAAAAUUAAAUUUUUAAAUAAAUAAAGUAAUGCAAGCAGAAUUGGAAGAACAAAAUCGUAAAGAGAUGGCUGAGAUUGAACAAAGACUGCGGCAAGAAGCUUUGGCAAGUUUAAAGAAAAAUAGUAUUUUGUCAUAGA